UAUCUUUCUGUUCAUUUUCCCUUCUCAAGAGACUAACAGCUAUGUCUGUUUGCAUCUCUACCUUACUGGCCAGGUAUAUGGAUUCUUGCAAGAGGCAUGGUGUGCCAACCAAUCCUGCUGUCCUCUCAGGGCUAUAUAAGGUAAACUUGUCUUGACCCUAGCUGGAAAAGGAUCACAACAAAGUAAACCAAUUAUGGUUACCCAUAGCUGACCGGCUCAAACCAAGGGUUAAGGAUUCACACUCGUGACCUUGUGGUUACAAGUGUGGAUCUCUUGCCAUCUUGACUGGGUUACCUUUCAGAUAAGCUUUCUUGUUUCUACAAAAAAAUGCAGUGAGGAGUUUAAAAGGAUUCAGCUUUUAGAUGGUUUAAUCUCAGAGGUUAAAACUUUUCUGUUGUUGUUCAGUCCAUGGAGCAGAAAAGAACACACCAGGAGUGCACCAUAGUGCUUUCACUCGAUGAUCUCGAAGAUGAUGACUUAUCUCCCCUUAUUGAUUUCUUCCAAGAAGUGCACUCUUUUGACAUUGAUGCUGUGGAUAUUCUUUGUAGAUUGCCCCGUGUCUUGAACCAAGAGUUAGUCUUGGCCUUAAUGCAUGCGGUUGGUUCAAAACUACGGACUGCCAAUCUCCAGGAUAUACUAUUGAAAGAGGAUAUUGCACAGGAUAUUUUCGAAGGUGGUUUAAAUUGCCAAUUGCUGAAACUAAGAUUCACCGAGAUUCGGAAGCUCAACAUGGCUGGGAGUUUUGCACAAUUGCACACGCUUAAUCUGGAUUUCUGUUCUUCACUUACUGGCUUAGAGAAGGAUUGCUUUGCUUGCCUGCCAAAACUAAUGCGCCUUUCAAUGUGUGGAACGAGAAUUGCUGAUCUUUGGACAACCACCGCUGCCUUGUUGAGACUUCCUUCUUUGAUAGAACUUCGGUUUCAAAAUUGUGUAGGUUGCGAAGACACUGGAAUAUGCCUUGCACCAUCCAAUGUUUCUGCAGAUGGACCGGGGCACCCACUUUCUACUGGCAAUCUGUUGCCUAUUUCUGAGUAUCUGAGUUUACCUAAGCAGCCAUCUGUUCAGUCGGGGGAUAGAGAUCUUGUUCAUAUUGAAGGGAUUAUGCCAUUGGAUUUGUCCUCUGUCUCCCAUUCUGGAGCAGAAAUUUUGGAACCUGAGAUCUCUCUCAGUGAAUUGCAUAUUAAAGAGAGAAAUGAGUCUCCUCCUACACACUUGAAGCUGAGAGAUGCAUCGUUUUUUUCUAAGAUGUAUGCUUCUCAUCAUCCAUCGCCCAUCUGCUUCGAGAAACACUACAGGGAGUACAUGAUUGUAUUAUUGCCUCGUCUAGAAGUGCUGGAUAAUGUGCCCAUACAGAAAAACGACAGAGAAAUGGCCAAAACUGUUUACUCAAAUCAUUUUGAAUAUCUACCAUGCAAACGCACGUUCAAGGAGAGUGUUUUAAGUAUUUUGCACAUGCGUGAAACCAGAACAAAGAAUUUAUACUGCAAAACUCCUUCAAGGGUAAAGCGAUCCGCUUCUUUUGGAAAAAGCCAAAUUUCCUAUUCCAGGUCUCUUUGUGCUGCCAAAUUUGGGGCUUCAUCGUGUCCUUCCAUGCAUCUCAUGUCUCAUAUAAGUGAUUUUAUUAACAAGGGCAGAAAAGUCCCUCAACCGAGACAGUUUGAAUACCACCCGUCUGAUCCUGGUCUGAUGUCUUGUGGAACUUUAGAUGGGGAAGUGAUCAUCGUAAACCAUGAGAAGGGAAAUGUUUUUACGUACAUUCCACCUUUUGGAAUGAGUAGCAGCGUUUUGGGGCUUUGUUGGCUGAACAAGCAUCCGUCUAAGCUACUUGUUGGUUGCGAUAAUGGUUCUUUGAGAUUGUAUGACAUCAAUCACGUGAUGGCAGAAGCAGAAGGCAUCUAUUGUAGUUCUGGCCCGGUAACUUUUGAGAAGUUUGAACAUUUGACUUCGGUUCAUGUCAAUUCAACCGAUGAUAGAUUCCUCACGAGUGGUUAUACAAAGAAAGUUGCUAUAUUUGAUAUUUGUAGUGGCAGACGCUUACAUACUUUUAGCGAUAUGCAUAGUGAACCCAUCAAUGUUGCUAAAUUCGCAAAUCAUUCCCCUAAUAUGUUGGUCACAUCAUCAUUUGACCAUCAUGUCAAAAUGUGGGACUUGAGGCAGCAACCUAUUCGCCCUUGCUAUACUGCUUCGAGCUCGAGAGGGAAUGUGAUGGUCUGUUUUUCUCCCGACGAUCUUUAUCUUCUUGUGUCAGCUAUAGACAACGAGGUGAAACAAAUCUUGGCAGUCGAUGGAAGACUUCAUACGGAUUUUGGUAUAACUUCAACGGGUAGCGCUCAUAAUUACACGCGUUCAUAUUACAUGAAUGGGAGGGACUAUAUCAUUAGCGGAAGUUGUGAUGAAUCAGUUGUGCGGAUUUGCUGUGCUCAAACUGGGAAACGGUUGAAGGACUUGUAUCUCGAGGAUAACGACUUUGGAGGCUCAAUACUGGUGCAGUCACUUCGAAGUGAUCCUUUUAGACAUUUUCACAUGGCGGUCUUGGCAGCGUAUCCUCACCCCAACUCAAAGCGGGAUAUUAUCAAGGUGAAUCUGGUGGAAUCUUGCUAGUUGCUAAUGUGACAUACAGAUGAUAAAGAGUAUCUGAAUAUAUAUAUAUAUAUGCUGCUUGCAGAAGUGCAAGUAUAGUUUUGAGGUUCAUUAUAUUGGUUCUUCUUUUCUUUUCUGAAUUGAAUUGUAUCGGGUACUGUAAAGACACUAUAAUCGACAUACAGUUUGAAUACUCAAAUUAUAUCAACACAGUAUCGAUUAACACUUUACAAGGCAUUUGGUUGGGCGUAA